AUGACCUUCGCACCCUCCAACAUGACCCUCGAGAUGUGGGACACAGCAUUCUGGGGCCCUGUCACAGCAACUCUGGACUGGUGCGAGGCGAAUUACAAGUUCAGUCGGUAUAUUGCGGAGGCUGCAAAUACCUUCUCCAACCUUGUUACCCUCGCCUAUGCCUGGUACGGCGUUUAUCUAGUGCAAAAGGCGCAUUUACCGCCGCGGUGCCUCAUCGGCUGGGCGGGUUUUGCACUCGUCGGUCUUGGAAGCUUCAUCUUCCACGCGACGUUGCUCUACGAGGCGCAAUUGGCCGACGAACUGCCCAUGAUUUAUGUCGCGUCGUACUGCUGUGCGAUCCUUUUCGACUCAAAGCCCGGAUAUGGUGUGAGGAACCUAAGAACCUCCAUGCUCUUUGUCUCGCUGCUCGUCUUCAAUGUUUUGUUCACCUGGGCAUACGCAGUUUAUAGGAACCCCGUGUUUCACCAGGUCGUGUUCGCGUCUAUCAUGUUCAUGAGCCUCUUUAGAGCGACGUACCUCUUGAGAAGCGCACCCUACGCGCAGCCCAUAUCCACGCAUGACAAGCGGACUGUCUCCCGCUUGUUUGGGACGGGCGCAGCGACGUUUCUGUUUGGGUUCCUGAUUUGGAACCUUGAUAACGUUUACUGCUUGAGGCUUACGAGCUGGAAAGAGUUCAUGGGUUGGCCCGGUGCCUUCAUACUCGAGGGUCACGCUUGGUGGCAUAUACUCACUGCUACGGGGACGUAUCUCAUGCUUAUUGGACAUACUUGUACCACUCUCGGCAUCAAAGACAACUUUGCCAACUACAAAAUCACGAGCACAUACGGCAUUCCCGCCAUCGAGCGUGUGGACAACUCUCGUAGCAAACCGAGCAAGUCCGAGUCGCAGUAA